CACAACUUUCACUUGACACCAAAAACAUAAGCAAAAUGGAAUUUGAUUCAUCAAAUUCUUCUAUUUUGAUUAAGAAAGUUGAUGAAGAUGAUAUUCGUGAGUCAUUCAAAUAUCAUCCAAGCGUUUGGGGAGAUUAUUUCUUGGCUUAUGUUUCUACGGAAAUUUCUGUUGCCGAAGAGGAAGAACUUGGAAGACAAAAGGAAAUGGUGCGGAAGGUAUUGGCCCAAACGCCAGAUCAUUCGUAUCACAAAUUAGAAUUCAUUGACGCAAUUCAACGUCUCGGCGUUGGUUAUCAUUUUGAAGAAGAAAUCGACAAAUUCGUACACUUCAUACACGACACUUACUUAGAGUACAGUAGCAAAGACAAUGAUCUUCGUACUGUUGCUCUUCGAUUUCGUUUACUCAGACAACAUGGUUAUCUUGUCUCGUGUGACAUUUUCAACAAAUUCACAGACGGUGAAGGUAAUUUCAAGAUAUCACUGAUAAAAAACCUCAAAGGAAUGUUAGAGUUAUUUGAAGCAGCGCAGUUCAGAAUAGCUGGGGAGGAAAUUCUUGAGAAAGCAUUGCAGUUCUCCUCUAAUCUUGAGUCUUUAGUCUCAAACAUGAAUUGUUCCAUUUCGACAAAAGUUAAAGAAGCUCUCAAGAUCCCUAUUCUCAAGAGUUCUAACAGAGUGGGAGCUAAGAAAUUCAUUUCCAUAUACCAACAAGAUGAAUCACAUUCAGAGAUGCUACUGAAUUUUGCAAAAUUGGACUUUAACAUUGUACAAAAGACACAUCAAAAAGAGCUUAGCGACUUUACGAGGUGGUGGAAGGAUUUAGACUUUGUAAAUAGAUUGCCUUUUGCAAGAGAUAGGAUGGUGGAAUGCUACUUUUGGGCAUUGGAAGUCUACUUUGAGCCCCAUUACCAUAUUGCAAGAAGAAUGCUAACCAAAAUCAUCAACAUGACUUCCAUUCUUGACGACAUUUAUGAUGUUUAUGGAACGUUAGAUGAUCUUCAGCUCUUUACAGACCUCAUUCAAAGAUGGGAUGUUAAUGCCUUGGAGCAGUUGCCGUCAUACAUGAGAAUAUGUUAUGAAGCCCUUUCAGAUGUGUAUAUUGAAAUAGAAAAUGAACUGGAAAAGACAGGCGAAUCGUAUCGUGUCCAAUAUGCAAAAGAAGAGAUGAAAAAAUUGGUGAGGGCAUACAUAGAAGAGGCAAAAUGGUCUUACAAUAAGGACAUGCCGAGGAUGGAGGAAUAUAUGAAGGUGGCCAUUGUAUCUUCUACUUAUAUGAUGUUGUUAACAACAUCCUUGGUCGGUAUGGGAAACCUAGUAACUAAGAAAGACUUUGACUGGAUUACAAGUGAGCCACUGCUUCUUCUUGCAUCCGCAACAAUUUGUAGGUUAACCAACGACUUGGUAGGAUACGGGUUUGAAAAGAAAUCUACGGCAGUGGAAUGUUACAUGAAUGAAAAUGAUGCCUCAAAAGAGGAAGCUUUUGCUGAACUAGGGAACCAAAUCACCAAAGCAUGGAAGGACAUAAAUCAAGAAUGCCUUCAACCAAUGGUACCAAUCUCUAUGUCUGUCCUUACGCGUGCUCUCAAUUUAGCUUGCGCUACACAUCUUUUCUAUUUGGAAUACGAUGAGUAUUCCAAUUCUCAAGCUAAUAUAAAAAAUAUCAUACACGACGUGUUACUUGAGCCGAACGUGAUGAUUUAAAAAUCCAAGUCGGAAUUGAAUGAUGGAUGUGGGAGGCUAGUGAACCUCUUCUGCUCCUCAACUUUGUCAAAGUUAUUGCAUCUCAAUAAAUAAAGACCUGACCCAAUGGAAUUAUAAUUAUAGAUUUAUGGAGUUUGGCAUCUUGGCAGCAAACCUAGCUAUGUUUUGGUAUCAAAGUCUGAAUCUUGUAUCUCAAUGUAUUAAGAGGCAAAGGAAUUGAUGAAAUGGAACUAUAUUCAAAGAUUAUUCAAGUUUGGCAUCUUGGCCUUGGACAUACUACUGUUCAACUGCUUUUAUGAUUGUAGCACAGUAGAGCUGGACAUUUUUGUAUCUUGAUAAUUAUUACAAAUUUGUCAAGUGAACUACUGUUUUCAUAAAACAAUACACAAAGAGAGAAAAU